AUGGUUCAAGUCAGUUGGAAAGUAUCCAAAUUUAUCCCCUUCUUUAAAAAAGAUGACAAGUCGGUCAUAGAGAACUACCGUCCUAUUUCUCUUCUGAAUAAUUUCGCUAAGAUCUUUGAAUCUCUUUUGCAUGACACUAUCUAUUACCAGAUUAAACAUCAUUUAAGUGAUGCCCAACAUGGAUUCGUUCAAGGCCGCUCCACAGUUACCAAUUUAAUGACCAUAUCUCAAGAUCUCGCUAGCAAUUUAGAGAAUGGCUAUGAAACUGAUGUUGUGUACACAGAUUUUUCAAAAGCAUUUGAUCGUUUGGAUCACGGUAUUUUGCUGCGAAAACUCUUAGAAUUCGGUUUUUCUGAAAAAUUAUAUUCACUUUUCACUAAAGUUACAUUACUGAACGUAAAUGCUUUGUUGAAUGCUGUGGCUUUCGUUCAUCCAAUUUCACUGCUACUUCAGGCGUUCCUCAAGGCUCCGUUCUUGGGCCCCUAA